AGAACCAACGUCGUUAUGGGUUUUCGUCAAGUGACUUUAUUAUUCUUGGUCUUGACCUUUAUCAACUUAACAUUUUGCAAAUAUCGAAACUACUGUACUGGAGAUCCACAAUUGAAGUUGUGUGAUGAAGGUAAAACGCAUGUUGCUUGUGGACCUCUUGCAAAAGGAUGGGCAUCUAAUUGUAAAGAUCCUAAAGAUAUAAAAUUGAAACUUGCUCAAAAACGAAUGAUUUUGCAUCACCAUAACUGGUACCGAGAGAAAGUGGCUACGGGCAAAGGACGAUCAACGUAUGGAACUUUUCCUAGAGCUGCUAAUAUGCAUUAUAUGGAUUGGGAUGAAGAACUUGCAUAUUUAGCGGCGAUGAAUGUAAAGCAGUGCGAAAUGGAACAUGACGAAUGUCGAGCUGUAGAUGUGAAAAGUGGUCAAAAUCUUGGAUUUAUUGCAUCAAGCCAUCCUAAAUCAGUUGAACACAAUAUAGGAAAAGUUAUCAGAGGAUGGUAUAAAGAAAUAAAGGAUGCACAUCCCAAAAAUGCAUACAACUACACCGGCGCAGGAGUAGGUAACAAAGAAAUAAACCAUUUCGGAGCCUUAGCUUGGGGCCCUACUAACAGGGUCGGAUGUGCAAUGGCUGAAUAUAAUAAAACUUAUGAUACUACACAAGGUCCUAUGGAAUUACGAACACGACUACUAGCUUGCAACUACGCGCCAGUAGGCAACUGGUUAUAUGAAGAAAUGUAUAAAGAAGGAACACCCUGUUCGCAAUGUCCAAGUAAAAAAUGCAAAAGUAAAUACAAAUUAUGUAAAACUUUGUACAAAGGGCAUAAAGGAAAACCUAACAAACCGCGUCCUAAAUAA